GGCUGGUGGACAGUCACUAUACGAAAUCGGUGUUAUUAGAGCUACUAUUUUAAGACUUAUUGAAAUUACUAAGACGUUAGGACUUUUCGAUUCAGUAUCUAGUUCUACUUAUCUACGAGAGUAACACAAUUUAUCAGCAAACAUAAUGGACAACGACAAAUUCUACUUCGCUAUAGAUCGCGGAGGUACGUUUACCGAUGUAUUUGCCAGGUGUCCUGGCGGCAAAAUCGAAAUUCUGAAAUUGCUUUCGGAAGAUAAACGUUACUCAGACGCACCGGCCGAGGGAAUACGCAGAAUAUUGCAACAGGAGUCUAAUGUUAAAAUGGAAGAGAAAUUGGACACUUCUAGAAUAGGAUGGAUUAGAAUGGGAACGACAGUAGCUACUAAUGCACUGUUAGAAAGAAAAGGUGCAAGAAUGGCGCUGAUAGUAAACGAAGGUCUUGAAGGUCUUUUGGACAUUGGUAAUCAAUCUCGUCCAGAUAUAUUUGAUUUGAAAGUUUUGAUGCCAGAUGUUGUAUUCGAACGCGUGAUAGAAGCAGAAUGUAGAGUGAUUCCCGCGCUGCCGGAAAAAUGUCAACUAAAGCAUGAACCCACGUGGCGAAAAGUGAAAGGUUCUACGGGAGAAGAAUUUAUCGUUAUCAAAGAACUUAACGAAGAAAAAUUGAAAACCAAUCUUCAAGAACUAUGUCGUUCGGGAAUAAAGAGUCUCGCUGUCGCUCUAGUUCACAGCUUUGCAUAUCCGGAUCACGAAAUACAAAUUGGAAAAUUAGCGAAAGAAAUCGGUUUCUUGCAAAUAUCUCUUUCACACGAGGUGAUGCCGAUGGUUAAAAUUAUUCCACGAAGUUUCACAACGUGCGCGGAUGCUUACUUAACGCCGCACAUUAAAAGCUAUUUACAGACUUUCUCGUCAGAAUUUCAAGAUAAAUUGAAAAACGUAAAUGUACUGUUUAUGCAAAGUGACGGCGGAUUAACACCUAUGAAUUCAUUCAGUGGUUCUCGUGCUAUAUUGUCUGGACCAGCCGGUGGUGUUGUUGGAUACGCAAUUACGACUUACGGGAAAGAGACGGAUUUGCCAGUGAUUGGAUUUGAUAUGGGCGGUACAUCGACCGAUGUAAGUCGAUACGCAGGAAGCUACGAACAUGUUUUCGAAGGCAUGACGGCGGGUAUUGUUAUACAAGCUCCGCAGUUGGAUAUCAACACAGUCGCGGCCGGAGGUGGAUCGAUGCUUUUCUUUGAGUCAAAUCUUUUCAAAGUUGGACCUGAAAGUGCAGGAGCCGAUCCCGGACCCGCAUGUUACAGGAGAGGUGGCCCACUAACCGUGACAGAUGCAAAUCUCUUACUGGGUCGCUUGGAUGUCGAUUCCUUUCCCCAUAUAUUUGGACCUGAGAGAAACAAGCCUUUGGAUGUAAAUAUUGUGAAGAAAUUGUUUGAUGAACUUACUGAGAAGAUUAAUAAACAUCAUAAAAAUAUAAUGACACCCAUUCAAGUGGCAAUGGGAUUUAUCAAAGUCGCAAACGAGACUAUGUGUCGGCCAAUACGCGCUUUGACGGAGGCAAAAGGUCACGAUACUUCUCAUCACGUUUUGGCGUGUUUCGGCGGCGCCGGAGGACAACACGCUUGCGCGAUAGCCCGGACAUUGGGCAUCAAAACAGUAUUCAUUCAUAAAUAUGCCAGUAUUUUGUCCGCUUACGGUAUGGUGUUGGCGGACGUUGUUGAAGAAAUCCAAGAGCCAAGCGCCGAAGUUUACUGUGAAGAAAGCUUCGCUCUCCUGGAUAAUCGCAUGGACGAGAUGGAAACUAAAGUUCGAAAAAAACUUCGUGCCCAAGGAUUCGCUGAUUCUCAAAUACACAUCGAACCGUUUUUAAAUUUACGCUACGAGGGAACCGAUUGCGCAUUAAUGUGCAGUCCCGAAUGCGAAGAUAUUACGAAGAUAAAAGCGGGAAGCGCCACAAGACGCGGAGAUUUCCUUGCUUCGUUUUUAAAGAGGUAUAAGACAGAAUUUGGUUUUACCAUAUCAGGGCGCAAGAUUUUGGUGAACGAUGUGAGAAUUCGAGCGGUUGGUAAAACUGACAUUAUGGAUGAUCCUGCAACCUCUCUUUCCGAAGAUAAACCACAAUUUGAAAAGCUCGUCAGUAUAUAUUUUGAAGACAGUUACCGACAUGACGUUGGCGUCUAUAAGAUGAAAUCUUUAUUACCUGGAAACACUGUACAAGGUCCUGCUCUUCUCAUUGAUAACAUGAGUACAAUUUUGGUGGAGCCUGAUUGUACCGCGUGUGUUACUUCGCGCGGAGAUGUAAAAAUUACGAUUGGCAAAGGUCCGAUAUCGCAGAUCAGCACCGAUCUCAACACUGUUCACCUCAGUAUUUUCUCUCAUCGAUUUAUGAGCAUAGCUGAACAAAUGGGCCGAGUGCUUCAAAGAACCGCAAUCUCUACCAAUAUAAAAGAACGCUUGGAUUUCUCGUGCGCGAUUUUUGGUCCCGACGGUGGCCUCGUUUCAAACGCACCUCAUAUUCCGGUGCACUUGGGUUCCAUGCAGGAAACCGUGCAGUACCAAAUAAAAGCGUUUCAAAACUCAUUCAAGAAAGGAGACAUGAUUCUUUCAAAUCAUCCGAAAGCAGGCGGUUCUCAUCUUCCGGAUCUAACGGUUAUCACGCCAGUAUUUUACAGAUAUCUACCAUCGCCUGUGUUCUUCGUCGCUAGUAGAGGUCAUCACGCUGAUAUUGGUGGUAUCACGCCCGGGUCGAUGCCACCGCAUUCGAAAUCUUUAAGUGAUGAAGGCGCUACUUUUGAAAGUUUCUUACUAGUACAAGAUGGAGUGUUCCAAGAAGAGGCACUGACGAGAGCCUUCAUGGAGCCAGGCAAACUGCCAGGAAAUUCGGGAACUCGAAAUCUCGAGAACAACAUCAGUGAUCUCAAAGCUCAAAUUGCGGCAAAUCAAAAAGGUAUAAAACUGGUAAACGAAUUGAUAGAAUUUUAUAGUCUCGAAGUGGUGCAAGCGUAUAUGAAUCACAUCCAACGCGCAGCCGAAGAUGCCGUUCGAGAAAUGUUCAAAAAGAAAGCGGCAGAGAUCAGCAAAAAUUUUACAGACACCAUAUAUGGUUCUGACUAUCUCGAUGACGGAAGUUUGAUUGCGCUACGAGUGAAAUUCGACGCAGAGACCGGAGAAGCUGAUUUCGAUUUUUCGGGAACGAGCGAAGAAGUGUUGGGUAACUGGAACGCACCGCGUGCAAUAACCAUGUCCGCGAUAAUUUACUGUUUGAGAUCUAUGAUCAAUAAAGAUAUACCGCUAAAUCAGGGAUGUUUGAAUCCAGUGAGGGUAAAAAUUCCAGCGGGAUCGUUGCUCGAUCCCUCAGACGGAGCGGCCGUAGUGGGCGGCAACGUUUUGACAUCUCAGCGUAUUGUUGACGUGAUUCUACGAGCUUUCAACGUUUGCGCGGCCUCGCAAGGUUGCAUGAAUAACGUAACCUUCGGCAACGAAGAAUGGGGCUAUUACGAGACCGUUGCCGGUGGUAGCGGAGCGGGAUUCAUGUGGCAAGGUAAAAGUGGCGUGCACACGCACAUGACCAACACGAGAAUUACCGAUCCGGAAAUAUUAGAACUUCGUUAUCCGGUUGUACUUAAAAUCUUUAAAAUUCGAAAAGGCAGCGGUGGUAGAGGAUUGUAUAGAGGUGGCGACGGCGUAGUGCGUGAAAUAAUGUUCAGGGCUCCGGUUACAUUAUCCGUGUUAACCGAGCGAAGAGUAAUACAACCAUACGGGAUGUGCGGAGGAGAAAAUGGACAGUGUGGCAAGAACUAUUUAGUAAUAGGCGAAAAGAAGUUUUAUUUAGGUCCAAAGUCGUGUACUGAGGUCAAACCACAUGAAUCGUUUUUUAUGCUUACUCCGGGUGGUGGUGGUUACGGAAUCGAACAGCCAAGUGAAGAUUCUACCUGUAGUGAAUCUACCACAACAAAAGAAAAGAUAUUCAAAGAUUUAAAGCAAGUACGUUCCAGUGGAAGUCUGUCUCAGUACCGUCAAAUUCAAGAAUCUGCUUAAGAAGAUUUCGUACAAUAAAACAUUUUGUAAAUAAUACAUUCCGGAGUAUCUUUUUCUACAAAGUUUUUACGUAGUACAAUAAUUGUUAAGAAAUGUGUGCCACUCAAAUGUAUUGUUAGUAUUUGUAAUAUUAAUCAUUUUAUAUUUUUUGCUUUACGGGAAAAAAAGUAAUUUUCUUAUAUCUCAAAAACUUACACAUAAAUUGUUGUGUAUAAAUUGUGUAAAACAGAUUAUUGAAAAAAUAUAUAUUUUUAUUAAGAUUCA